GUGGCCGAGUGCGAGUGCGCGCGCCGCUGCCUGGGGGCACGAGGCGGGCCGGUGGAGCGAGAUCAUGUGAGAGUCCACGCGCCGAAAGUAGGUUAGGCUACAGAGUAGCUCAGACUCAGAGAGAGAGGGAAAGAGAAGAGGGCAUCAUUUUAUUGCAUAGCUCACAGUGCGCGCAUUUACGCAUGAAAGAAAGCCUAUAAUGGAGCGGAAUUUACUCUGAACAACUGGAUGAUAAGAACAAGUAGGCUGUGCAAUAACUUACGAGGUUUAGUAGUUAUUUACUUGCAACCGCUCUGUUUUGGAGUUUUCAAAAUUUUACCAGAGUUUAACUUUCGGCGCUGAUCAAAUGUACUGGAGUUAUAUUAUCGUUCGCAGAUAAUAUAGCAUCAAAAUGAGAGCACAAAUCGAAGUAAUCCCAUGCAAGAUCUGCGGGGACAAGUCAUCGGGCAUCCACUAUGGGGUGAUCACUUGUGAAGGCUGCAAGGGCUUCUUCCGCCGAAGUCAGCAGAACAAUGCGAUGUACUCCUGCUCCAGGCAGAGGAACUGCCUUAUUGACCGAACCAAUCGCAACCGCUGCCAGCACUGCCGCCUGCAGAAGUGUCUGGCGUUGGGCAUGAGCCGCGAUGCGGUGAAGUUUGGACGCAUGUCAAAAAAGCAGCGCGACAGCCUCUAUGCUGAGGUUCAGAAGCACCAGCAGUCUCAGGAGCGGGCAGGGGGUUUGGGCAACGGUGUACACAGUCAUGCUGGUGAUGAGGUCGGGGAGAACGGCAGCAGCCACGGCCGGGCCUACAGCCGGGGCUCCAGCACCACACUUAGUGACCUGGAUGAUAUAACCACGCUACCAGACGGUCUUCUCUUUGAUCUGCCGCUCACUCCGGAGGAAGCUGCUGACUACUGCAGCCUAGAGCUUCUGGGAGGAAGCGGUGGGAGCAGUUCAUCCUCCCAGAGUUCUCCUGAGCCAAACAGACAGGAGUUUAGUGACAUGACACACAUCAAACACGAGUACCAGACCCUGCACGAGACGGGACUUUACACUCGCUCAUUACUUAACCCACCUGAAGGCUGUUCCUUGAUGGAAAUCGAACGGAUUACACAGAAUGUGGUAAAAUCCCACAUCGAGACAAGUCAGUACAGCACAGAAGAACUGAAAAGAUUUGCUUGGACCCUCUACACACCUGAGGAGAUACGUGUCUACCAAAACAAGUCCACAGAGAUGAUGUGGCAGCAGUGUGCUGUGUACAUCACGAAUGCCAUCCAGUAUGUGGUGGAGUUUGCCAAGCGCAUCUCUGGAUUCAUGGAUUUGUGUCAAAAUGACCAGAUUAUCCUUCUCAAAGCAGGCUGCUUGGACGUGCUGUUGAUCCGAAUGUGUCGGGCCUACAACCCCAUCAACAACACGCUGUUGUUCGAUGGAAAGUUCGCAAGCCCUCAGCUCUUUAAAGCUCUCGGUUGUGAUGAUCUGGCGGGUGCUGUAUUUGAGAUGGCUAAAACCCUCAGUCGGCUACAGCUGUCUGAAGAAGAGAUGGCUCUUUUUACUGCCACUGUGCUUCUGUCUCCAGACCGUCCUUGGUUAACAGAUGCUCAGAAGGUGCAGAAACUUCAGGAGAAGGUCUAUGUUGCGUUGCAACACUGUCUUCGUAAAAGUGGUGCCCCUGAGGAGAAACUGGCAAAGAUGGUGUCCAAGUUGCCCAUGAUGAAGUCUAUUUGCAAUCUCCAUAUUGAUAAGCUGGAGUUUUUCCGUCUGCUUCACCCAGAAACGGCCUACAACUUCCCUGCUCUCUACAGAGAGGUUUUCUGCAGCGAGAUCUCCUUCCCAGACUCCACUGAGGGCUAACAUUCACUGAAGUGUCAUAUUGGCUCUGACGAGAGACAGAGAGGAAGAGACAGUUAAAGAAAGACAGGGAAUGCAAAUAGGAGGAGGUAGAUGGAUAUGUGUUUGAGAAAAACCAGCAACACACUGACAAUCUUGCACAUUACACUUUAGGACUCCAUCUAUAACCUCCCUCCUGAUGGAGUGAUUCACUCCUUUAUUUGAACAGUACCCAGAUUUCUUACAAGACGCUGUUAAAUGUCAGCAGUCAUUUAAGGUGCUGGUUACUAUUACUCAUGUUAUUUACAUAUAAUGACUCAAACAGAGCAAAUGAUGUAUAUUUAAUUAAAAAGAGUACUCGAUUAAACCUGGAGCUCAGAUCUCCCUAAAAAAUUAAGUGCUUGAAAAGUGGAUCCUUCCCAUCUUGCGGGUACUUUUAGGAAGAGAACUAUGAAUGUAACCCACCUGACAUGUGGCGAAGCCUCAGGAUUAAGACAGAAUGUAUUAUGUAUUCCUGCCCCAUAUGUAAAGCAAGCUCUUAAGGCUUGGUUUCUGUAGACAAACAGUUUUGAAUCCAUGCGAAACUGUUCAAAGGGACCAAUGCAUACACACCUGAGUUUGUAAACGCCACAUGAGCACCUUCGCUUUCAUAGACUCAACACUAACGUACAGCGCACUGCACAGACCACAUGUGCACAUGGUGUGUUGUCUUUUGAGCUCUUUAUUUUUGCAUAUAAAUUUAAAAGAUGCAACUAAACUAACGAAAACCUCAUCCUUAUUACCCUUUCCCACGCAAAUGCCACUUGGAUAAAGAUAUUAGAUUAUAUUUUGAUAUCCUCAUUUGAUCGGAAACCACAUGUAUGUAGAAUGAGAGAUGUAAUUGAGAAUAUAUUUAUAAACAAGAGCCUGUAGAUAGCAUAUGUAGGCAGAGAUAUAAAGUUGCACCUUAGAGUGGAUGUUCUCGAGCCCUUUCAAAGACUUCCCAACCAUAGGAGUGGAAUUCUGGGCUGGAGAUGGAAUUGGCGUGACAAGCUUUAGGUUUAGAGGCAGGUGGACGGCACUUAAAUUCUCCACAAAAAAAGGACUUUGCAGGAGCAGGACUUUGCUGUCACCCUCACUUUAGAUGGCGAAAAGACAAUAAGACAAUAAGACAAUGCCACUGUGAGACUUUCUGAAGUGUAGCAAACCACUCAUACUGCUGCUGGGAGCAAGGCCUCAGGAGAACACAAAGAACUCUGAAGGAAGUGGAUGGAAGGAACCAUAUAUUUUCUAGAGACAACCGACAACCUGAGCUCGCUGUCAAGUCAUGAGGACACCACAGAAAUGUCAUGAUUCAGACUUUUCUGAUCCUACAGCUGUGAGGAUAAGUGGAUUCACAGGCCGUACCUCAUGCUUUGCAUUGUGUCCGAUGUGGGGAUCAGUGUUGUGUUGCUGUGUGAUUGUUUUUUCCCCCCGUCAUCCAUGUACCUUUUGUGUUCACUUAUAGCACAACUAUUGGUUGACAGAACCAUCAGCUACCCCCCUGAGUUAGAGAAUACUAUGGUUAGUUUAUGUUCUGAAACUUUGCGGUUCAAACCUGAAGGAGAAAAAUCUACUAUCUUUCCACAGUGUGAAAGCAGCCUUCGUUCUUCAGAGGUAGGAUGCCCAGGUUGGUCUCAGGGGAGUUUUAAGAGUGGCCCAGACACCAGAAUACAAACUAAAUCCCAAAGGAGGGCUUUUCAAAACCCUUUAGUGCCCAGCUUUGUAAGAUUACAGGGUAUAAAAGAGGUUUCGAUUGAUUGAUAAGUAUCAACGUCCAGUUUCCUGACAGUUCAUUUUAAAAGGUCGCCUGAUGUUUUAUUUUUGCACUGCUGGAACAGUGCCUGUCUAUAUUUUCUUGUAAAAUUUUAUAUGGUUGGUAUAAUACACAUUUUCUGGUUGUUUAACACAGUAUCACAGUGUCUGCCUGUGCAAUAGUCAGUCUUUCCAUUUUUAGUAUUGACAACCCUCACAAGCCAAGGAUCUCCUUGGAUUUCAGAAGCACUCCAGCUCAGAUCAUUUAACACCCCCUUGCUAAGUUCUGUCUGCGCUUUUUUUUUACGCUCGUCUAUUAGCUAACUUAAGUUGACGUGUGAAGGUGGAGAAAGAUUGUAACAAAGUGCAAAUACUUUGUAAAAACCAUUUAGAGAUUUAGAUGAUGUAUUUUUGUGGAGUGUAAUUCGCUGCCCUACAAACUGCCACAAGCGUCUGGCCCGUCCUUGAGGGUAGUUCUGGAAGUGUGCGUUUACAUCUACACUCAGUCACUCAGGGAGAUAGCUGGGUUCUCUGUCCUAAAAUGUCUUCUUCAGUUAGCCUAGCAAGACACCUUGCACCAAAUAGAAGACCUUAAACAUUGAUCACUGUGUACGGUAACUUUUCUUGUGAAUGUUAAUCACAGAAGUAUCAAAGAAUUUUACCCCUGUCUUAUAUCAGUGCUAUUGGAGGACUUUUUCAGUUUGACUUGCUUAAAAAAAGAAUAGGAUCAGAACUAUAAGGUAUAUAGAUAUAUAUGAGGAUGAAUUUAAUCUUUAAAUCUAGUGUUGUUUUUUUUUGUGAUGUUUUCUUUCUUCAUUUCUGUCCUUUUCUGUAACAUUUUCUCACCCAUGUAGUGUCAUCCUUUGUCUUGAAGAAUUAAAAUCCUAUUUUUUUAAAGAGCAUUUUUAAGCAGAAAAUCCCCUACAAGAGUCCUAAUUCUUUGCCAUGGUCCUUUUGUGGUUGUUUCAGUUGUACCUUUAUUUUUAAGCAAAUAAAUCAUAUUAUAGAUUUUAACGAAUAUAAUUUAUGGUGUAUUAUGGAUACAGAGAAUAAAACAAACACAUUAAGAUAUAUUAUUGUACAAUAAGGAUUACACACAUGGAUUCCAGAAUGUAAUAAAGAUCUUUUUACUUUA